AUGUACGAUGCGGUAGUUGCGCAAAUGGCUGAAAACGCUUUGGCAAAAUCGGCCCUAGACGUUUACGAGGUGGUCUCGAUAACUCCGACGCCGGAAGUCCUCUCGAUCAGCGAGCUGACGCACGUGACGGAAUCCAGCGCGCCGGGAAGACGCACGGGAACUCGAAGAUCCGUGAAAAAGCAGCGGCGGAGGUCGUCGAGCAAAACGGAGGAGCGAAGAUCGUUGAGCAAACUAGACGACCGGUCGUUGAACACGUCGACGAUCGAAAGCAGAGACGCAAACAACGCCUCCGUCGCGGAGAGCGUCCUAGAGGAGCCUUUGAAGCCGCGAUGGAUCCUCCAACCGAACGACGCGCAGAGGUUCAAGGUCCGCUUCCAGCCUACGGAAACCGGUGUCUACGAUGAAAUCUAUGGGAUCACCAUAGCAGACGGAAACACCACCUACGAAAUGAAGAUCAGUGGCGUUGCUGAUGUGCCGACACUUGACAUGAAUCCGCAGGCGAUUUUCGACAAACCAGGAGGUCAAGGAAUCCUGACGCUAUCAGCCAUUGCCACGAAAAUCGGUACCAACUCCGCAACUCUAUAUCUCUGCAUAAAGAAUAAUCCCAAAGCAGAAGUGUUGCAAUUGCAAAGCGAAGGCGCGAAGCUGAACGUCGAGCUGGAUCGGAAGCAAAUUUCUUUCGGCAACACGCUCCUGUACCGACGGGAGUUCCAGGCAUUGACGAUUCGGAACAGAAAUGGCACCGAAAUCCUCUGGUGUUUAGCGCCGGAGGAGCCGCUUGAUCCUCAGAUCACGUUCGCGCCUGAUCGAGGCGAGAUUAAACCCUGGGACGAGCGGAAAAUCGAAUUCUGCUAUCACGGUGUCACUGUCGGAGCGAUCGAGAUGCAAACGAUCGUAUUCGAAGCGUUUUUACAAGAGGAUCAGGAUCCUAUUUUCACGGAAACGAUCCGUUUAUCGGGCCAGACUUACGAUGUAGCUGUCGACAUCGAUCACGCGAACCCGAUCAAUCUCGAGAGGAUAAAAGUCAACGCCCCGGCGAGCGGCCUGUUCACCAUGAAAAAUCGCGGGGACUACGAAGUGCAGUUUGUAGUCAUGCUGGAGGACGACGAGAAAUUAUCGAAGCUGAACGUGCCCGUGAACUUGAAGAUGAACCUUAAGAUUCGACCGGUUUCCGGUACCAUUCCACCGGACAGGGAAAGAGUUGUCGAGGUGGUUAUUGUGACGAAAACUGAACUGACUCUCAGGAACGCUCCGAUAUUGAAGUGCCAUUUAGUGGAUACGCAUAGAGAGGCCGUCAUCGUCGCUGAAAUUCCUCUAACGGUCUCCCUGGACGCCUAUUACACUCGAUUUCAACUUCACCCGUAUCCGUCGAUGGACUUCGGAACGAUGGCCAUCUGCACGGAGAAGACCAUGUACCUGAACAUAGAGAACACAGGGAAAUUCCCAUUGCAUUACACCAUACGAUUAACUGGCAAGCAUCCGUCGAUGUUGUAUCUGAGACAGACGACAGAGGAUUCACGCAAGAAGAAAAACUUGACGGCGAGGACCGUCGCGUCGAGAAGCAAGAAAUCCGUGAAAAUUAAAGCGACCGACGUUAAAAAAGACGAGCCAGCUGAUUUGAAGUUGGUAGUGGGUCCUAUGACGAUAGAGAAAACUGAAGGAGACAUCGACGUGGGACAGACGGACACUAUCGCUGUCGUUUGUUACCCAGAAUUCGUAGGCUCGCAGGAUGAACAGAUCAUGGUCCAAGUAAACGACAGUAUACCGGAAGACAGCGAUGGGAAGAUUGUUUCUCUGUCGGUGCGUUCGUCAGUGCCGUGUGUCGAUUUCGAGGAUCUAGACUCGAUGUUCCAAAAGAAUCACGUGGUCGACCAGAUCCAGGACUUCGAUUGCCCCAAAGAGAUCGGUCCACACACGGUGUUCACGCGCCAAGAGAAAUGCCUCUACUUCCGGUACGUCUGCGUGUCAACCAGCCACGCGACGUGCUUCAAAUUGUACAACCGGAAUAUAGUUCCAGCGGACGUGCAGGUGCUCUUCGUUCAGGACUCCCUGACACCUGGCACGGCUAAGCCCGAUACGUUCGCCGUGGAUCCGGAAGACGAACGAAUUCCGCCAGUCAGCUACAAAACGUUCAGAGUGUCUUUCACGCCGAGCAUGAUAGGGACGUUCCGAGGAAGGUUGGAAGUGACGGUGCUCCUGCCCCCUCAUCUGGCGGACGAGAAGCUGCUCGUCAACCUGCUCGGCGAGUCCUGUGUACCGGAAGUGGAGAUCGUAGAGCCGGCGCACGGGAGACGCGAGAAGGUCACGUUGAAUUUUGCUCGUACGCUGGUUAAUGAAACAUGCUCGAGACGAUUCGCUGUGGAAAAUGUCGGAUUCAUCAAGGCUAAAGUCAUUGUCGAGAUCGAUGAAGAUAAGAACCUCUUCAGCUUCGAAGCUUGCCCUGACACGCAACGUUUGCUGCAGAUUUGGAACGGUAGUUGCGACGAGCCAAAUGACAGGUGCACAGUGGUUCUUCUAAUGCCAGGAAAUACGGCACGCUUCAAAAUAAGAUUCUCACCGAUUGAAAUAGGAAAAUACUCUGGAAAAAUUCGCCUGUUCAUUGUUGAUAAUCCUUAUGAGAAUCUGGUAAUCGACGUUCAAGCAGAAUCUUAUAUGGAACCAAUUGUCUUCGAGGGUUUAGAGUUUGAGGACACCAAACGUAGAUCUAAGGAGUCUUCCGAACUUGUUGUUAAAGGACGAAAGUUUUCGUCGAAACGAAGUUCUCUGACAUCCGAGUCCCUAUCCUACGUCCUUGAUUACGGUCUCUGUUUCGUUGGCAAGAUAUAUAGAAAAACGUUCAGGAUCGCCAAUAAAUCCACGGAUAAAUGGUUCCGAUUCGAGUGGAACGCGCAUCCUAAUCUCGUAUUCGUGCCAUCGAUCGGACACGUCAAGAAUCAGACGUGCAAGGAAAUCGUUGCUACCUUCCUGGGAACGGAACCCAUUAAUCACGCGAAUACCCGCAUCGAAUGCAUCGUCAGCGAGAUCAGCAUCCUCCAACCGAACAACGAAGCUGCUUGGGAUGAUAGACAGACGGAAGUACGAUGGGAAACACUGCAUCCCGAUCUCCCGGAACAGCCGAAGAACACCGAGGUUCUGGCCAAGAAGACUGUGCAACCUGCUCCUGAACCUAUGGCAGACGUCGUACCUGGCAGCAGCAAGUGCAUCCAAGUUUUACUCAGUGCAACGGUCGCAUUCUCUGAGUAUUCAUGUCCUGUGAAGGAUAUUUAUUUCAAGGACACCCUGAUGUUCCAGACCAGAGAGUAUACUUUCACAUUCUCGAAUCCGGGACUGGUAAACACGACGUACGCCUGGAAGAUAAGUAUGGACGAGCAAUACCCGAAGAAGCAUAUGGAAGACAGCGCGAACGUGACUUCCAGGCCGAGGACCGCUGAGAAUUCUCUUUCCCGGCCGAAUUCGAAGUCGUUCCGUGGCAUUUUCUCCGCAACAAGUGAACGAUCGCGUUACAGGGACUUCGACUGGCACGGGAGGAGCGGCGGGGACGCGGGGGAUUUAUUUUCACGGCGAUGUACCCCAUCCUUGUCCGGCACGUUCGAGGUGAAACCAGCCAGCGCGAGGCGGUCGGACCUUUUCAGCAGCGCUGCAGGAUUGUCGGAACGGACCACCGACAGCUGGUUAGAGGGUGACGAUCUACCGUUCGCGAUCCAUCCUGAAGAGGGAUCCGUUCCUCCCCGAGGAUCCGUCGAGUGUACGCUGAAAUUCUCCCCCGUGGACGUGUUUUAUUACAAAGCCUAUCUCACGUGCAAAAUGGAGAAUCUCCACCCGGAGCUGGCAGAGUUGUCGAUCCCAGUCGCGGCGAGAAGUUUAUUGCCGUAUUGUCAUUUCGACGUGGAAGAGAGCGACUACGUAACCGCCGGCAGACGGGACCCGACGAUGCCCGGCCCGCUGGGACGCGAACCGGAGGAUCCCGCUUUGUGGGAAAAUAUCAGGGUAAUCGAAUUUAAAGUGGUCGGCGUCGGCGGGACUCACGUCAAAAGCUUUCAUUUAAUUAAUCCAACGACGGACGACUAUCGUUUCUCCUGGACGGACCGAACGCUUCACCGAGUUGACAAGAUGCCGAAUUUCCAUUGCACGGUCCCCCAGGGCGUCGCGGAACGCGGGAAACAAACUGACCUGGCGUUCACGUUCUUGGCAGAAGAGGUCGGCGUCUUCGAGUCCUUCUGGCUCUUCUCCAUCGAGAGGUAUAAUUUGGAAUGCCUGUUCCUGCUCGUCGGCAUCGUCAGGGAGCCCUUGGUACACUGCCUCACGGUCCACGUGAAACUGAAACCAACAAUCUUAGAACACAGCGUCCAAGAAUCAAUUCGACUACUGAACGACGAAGCCUUCGAUAUACCAUUCCGAAUACUAAAGGAAUCCCUAUACUCCGAAGGGAAAUUCCAGAAACUCACAGUGAUUCCGAUGACUGGAACCCUAACCUCGAAGAGCGAACAACUACUACAGGUCGAGUACCAUCCGAGUCGGGUCGGCGAGUUCCACUUCUCCAUUCAGUGCGCCGUGGGGCUGAUGAAAGCUCCCCUCACGGUUUUCGUGACCGCUUCCGCCCACGAGAUCGUCUCUUCGGUUUCCUAUUCCGUCGCGGCCGGCGGGAUUGUACGAGCCCGCGAGGACGCGGGGAACGUCGUCGACCUGGGCAAGUUGAUAGUGAACGUGCCAGUCGCCGUGGAGUUCGACAUCCGUAAUUCCAGCAAAAUGACCUUUUAUUAUACCUGGGAUCUGGGUAUGACGCCGGAACUCUGCACCAGGAACGCCUACAGCGUCGAGAUGCUUCAAAGGGCAGGACACGUGGCCAGCGAAUCUCGUUCAACCUGUAAUUUAGCGGUCACGACGUUGCAGAAAACUGUGAUCAAAGAUCACUGCGUUACCCUGAAGAUUAGCAACGGCCCGACAUAUCGGUUCUUACUGAAAGCCACCUCGAAGAAGAUGGCUGUCCAGUUCAGCUUCGACCGCCACGACUUCGGCUCGUGUUACAUUCAAAAUGCAAAUGGGAUAUUCCAUGCAACAGAACUUCGAGUGACGAACUCGGAGAACAAGCCUGUCAUACUUGAAUGCAAUUACGAGGACCAACCGCAUUUAUCCGUCGACUUGAACCCGAUCUCCGAAGCAGUGGCAGCUCGAUCGACGGUCGUUAUACCGAUCAUUUUUCGAGCACUGAAGGAGGCGAGGUACCGCGAGUGCUUAAUCUUCAAAAUCAACUCGAGGAACGAGAAGAGAAUAGUUAUUACCGGCGAAGGAAUACCAUACAGGAUUCGAUUGGUAAAUCCCCGAGACACGUCCGUGGAUCUAGGCACCGUGUCGAUCGGCAAAAUCGUCCAGAAGAAGGUGUCAAUGGUGAACGAGGGUUCGGCGGUACUAAACGUGAAAUUCGAUCUGACGAAAAAUCUGGCCGCCUAUGAAAAAUACCGUGACCGGGAGAAAUUUUGCCCGGCGUAUCAACCCAGCGAGGACGUGCAGGGAAUAGAUAGAGCCUCUGUCAUAGAAACGAAACGCUCGUGGACCGUGGACACGGAGCUGCAGACCAAAGAGCCGAGGCUCUCGGAGGUUCUACAGGUGCAGCCGUCGUCGACCGUCGCUUUGCACCCGAAUAAAAAGGUAGAUGUGACCGUGAGGUACAAGCCGACGUGCAGAAUGAGAAGAUUCACGGGAAAAGUGAGCGUUCAGACGUCUUCCACCAUUUUACCGCUGUUCGUGGUGCACGGAAGCUGCGUCGGACCGGAAUUCCGGCUGAACGGGACCUAUUUCUCGCUUGGAACGAUCGUCGAGGGCUGCACGGGCAAGGCUAAGGUGGUGCUGAUGAAUACCGGGGACAUAGGCGCGAGAUUUAAGUGGAACACGUCGAAAUUGCCGGCGGAUUUUACGAUCAGCCCCGUGUCCGGCUAUUGCUCCCCCGGAAUGGAUGUCAACUUCGUUAUCAAGUUCCAACCCUCUCGGCAAGGCAGUUUAAUUGAGGGUGUGGCGACAGUGGAGAUCGAGAAGUAUGAUGCCCUGAAGAUAAGGGUCACCGGUAGCUGCUGUAAACUGCCAGAACCAAUCGAGACUGUCGUUUUCGCCUGCAUAGUCCGCCAGCGAGAAACGCGAGCCAUGACGAUCGCUAACGAUACAAAUUUACCUUGGAAACUGAUCCCCGAAGUGACCGGCAAUUAUUUCUCGGUCGAUGAAGCUUUCCACGUCCCUGCGAAAGGAUCUGGCUCUUGCCUGAUCACUUACGCACCCACAGUCAUGAACACCGAGGAUACUCAGCACACUGGUACGCUGUUGAUUAAAUUACCGGACGAAGCGAGUCCCUUGGUGUACUCCCUUCGAGGGAACAGCUUGCCCCCGCAGGUCUCGGCUAGAAUUCGCAGACAAUUCCCCGCUAAAACGAAAUUCACCGAACUGUUGCCUGUUCACAAUUGGCUCGGCGAGCAGCAACGAUUUCGCUGUAAAAUCGAAUCGACGACCAGCUCUCUACAGUUAAAGCGAAUCCCGUUCCACGCGUUUUCCGGCAACGACAGAAUCGAUGUUCCGCCCAGCAGCCAUCGGGACUAUCGCGCGGUGUUCCAUUCUUUCGAGGCGCACGUUUUUCGCUUCAAGGUGACGUUCAGCAACGAGGACGGCGAGUACCAGUUCUACGAAAUCGAGUACGACGUGACGGAACCGGAAGUCCUCGAAUCUAUCAAAUUGUCGACCCCCGCACGGUCUCGAGCGUGUUACAGUUUAAAGCUGGAAAAUCCGCUGGAUCGAGACCCGAUUACUUACACGGCGGCGUGUCGGCAUCCUUUCGUCGCGAUCCACGAUGUGCCGAAGAUCGUGCCGCCUUCAUCGAGCGAACACGUAACCGUGGAGUUCCAUCCGAUGCUGCAAACCGAAGAGACGGUCGUUAAGCUCGACGUUUACUGCGAGGAACUCGGUCAUUUUCCGUAUGAAUUAAGAUUGAAGGCCGCUACGGCGUUUCCGGAAAAAGUGACCCGCGCGAACGCAAUACUUGGCGCCUCUUGCACGUUUCCGCUUCUCGUGGCGAACGGCACCGCGAGCAAAGCUGAAUUUACGAUUCAAGUGGAUAACGACUGCUUUGCGACACGAAAACAGAUCGAAGUAUCAGAGUUUAGUAAGGGAACGAUAGAAGUCACUUUCGAGCCGUACUGCAUCGAAAAUGUAGCUGCCACGUUAACCGCCUCUUCGAGGACUGCAGGAAUCUUUGUGUUUCCUUUGAUGGGCACCUCCUCUGUGCCAAAACCCUGCGGACCGUACAUCGUCUCGCAGGAGUCACCAAUAUUGAUACGCUUCAAGAAUAUUUUUAAAGAAACUAAAACUUUCAACUUCGUCGUUGACGUUCCCACAAGUUUCGCGGUUGAAACACAGUCGGCUACUUUGGAUUCGAAAAAACACAUCGAUAUUAAAGUGAAACUAAUUGGUAACGAAGAGAAGGAAAUUAUGGAAAAGUAUCCAGUUGCAGGAAAGCUUCUGAUAUAUUGUACUGAUCGCGAUCAUUCGCAUAUUAAUUGGGUAUAUUAUUUAAGAGGAGUUUUCGAGUGA